UUAAUGUUUUGGUUUUCCUGUGGUGACACUUUGAACGAUGACAACCUAAAAUAUAAAUAAUGACUGACUGACCGAUGACUGGUUUGAUUGACAAUAACACUUGUUUACAAAUUAAAUUUUGAUUUUAAAUGUGAAUCAAAUUGGUUUGAGUUUCGUCAAUUUUUCCGAUUCUCCGUUGAUCAAAAUAAACCCUAUAGAACUUCAUUAAUUAUUAUAUUAUUUCCGAAACAACAUCUAAUUACCUACUCAUUAAUAUUUUGUGUAAAAAACCUCAUGUUACUCCCGUCAAAAGUGAAAUCAAUUUAAAAGUGGUGCAAUUUUGUAGUCGACGAAAAUCUCUAUAUUAUAAGCAACAAAUAAACGUAAUAAAACUCAGAUAAAUAUAAAAUGUUACAUAAAACACUAAUUGAUUUCGUAGUCAAAUACCACAGACCACGUUAUUUGAAUAACGUCAUAGUUUUUCCAAGCAAUGGAAACUCGUAUUUUGGACGUCGACUGGUAAUUUCUGCAGCUCCGCUCUCUACAUCAACACCUAAUGUACAAUCACCAAGAAAUUUCGGUACAAGCACCAUCAAAUUGAAUGAAAUCACUUUGAACACUGAACAGAAAAAGUAUGAAGGAAAGUUCCAAUUAAUAUUCACAUGUAAAAAGUGUAAUUCUCGGAACACCAAGUUUAUUACAAAACUAGCCUAUUACAAAGGAGUUGUAAUUGUUACAUGUGAUGGUUGUCAAAAUAAGCAUUUAAUAGCAGACAACUUAAACUGGUUCUCAGAUAUGAAUGGCAAGAAAAACAUUGAAGAUAUAAUGGCAGAAAAAGGGGAGACAGUGCAGAAGAUAAUGUCAGAAGAUUUAGAAUUUAUAGCAAAGGAAAUGAUUAAGAAUGUUACAAAUGAAGAAAAGAAUUGUAAUAAUUUAUUAAAAGAGUGAAAUUAAAUUUUGUGAUAUGGACUAAUCUUUCAGUGUUAUUUAAUUAAUUAUGUGCA